AUGAGAGGCAUGAAGCGGUCCACGAACCCCAAACUCCCCGACUACUGUGACAUUGAGCCGCGGCGCGAUGAUAGCGGCAAGACAGUAUGGCCCGCCCCAGAAGCGGCACUGGAAGGGGCCAGGGCGUUUAUAAAAGAGUGCGCAGCAAGUGGCCAGAAGACUUUAAUCGUCCCAGACAAAGACGCGGAUGGUCUUUCGUCAGGUGUCAUCCUCUACCGGACAUUGACCGCCUUAGGGCUUGAGCCGACCCUGAUAGACGUCCACUUGGUGCAAAAGGGAUCCAAUAUCCACGUCCAGUCCGAACGGGAAGCCAUGGCUGCCAAAGGUCCAGCUUACAUAUUCGUCUUGGACCAGGGCUCUGUCGCCGCACCACCAGUGGUAGACUCCCCGACCACCAAAUCCUUAAUCAUUGACCACCAUUUGAGCGAUCACUUUCCCGAGCGAGCCGAGGUGGUAUCCGCGUGCCAUUACCCUCCAGUAUCGACAAGCUCGUUGCUCACGUACGAGAUCUGCAAGACUGUGGCACCCGAGAUCGCCUCGUCCUGCGCUUAUCUCGCUUGUAUCGGCACCCAUGGAGAUCUGGGGAACACGCUGAAAUGGGCCCCGCCUUUUCCUGACAUGAAGGACACGUUCAAGAUCUACACGAAAAAGUCCAUCAAUGACGCCGUCUCGCUCAUCAACGCGCCUCGCCGAACAGCAAAGUACGAUGUCAUCACUGCAUGGACUGCGCUUCUCAACUCGACAGAUCCCAAGGAUUUGUUGACCAAUGGCCGGCUGCAGAGCGCUCGGGCCGAGAUCAAUACAGAAGUCGAACUCAACACUCACACGCCUCCCAAGUUCAGUGCAGACGGGCGAAUCGCCGUCCUUCGGAUUGACUCACCUGCGCAGGUCCACCCUGUGAUCGCGACUCGGUGGGCUGGCCACCUGAACUCCAAAGCUCUCGAGAUAGUCGUCUGUGCGAACUCGGGCUAUUUACCUGGCAUGGUCAAUUUCUCUUGCCGGAUCGCUCGCUGUGCCCGGACCAGAGACCCGCCUGUGAACAUAAUCGACAGUCUGAAGGCUGCUGCCGCUCUGUCCACGGAUGGACUGAAGGACAGGCUAGGAGAGAGCUUUGCGAGAGGCCACAAAGAGGCCAGCGGUGGCGUGGUGCCCGUCGAAGCGUUCGAAGAGCUGAUGCGACUCCUCAAGGUCGGCGAGAAGCCAAACAAGAAAGAAGGUGGCGAGGAAGAGCCUAGGGCGAAAAGACGCAAGACGGUCGACAAGAGCCCCCAGAAGAACACGAUUGGGAAUUACUUCCGGAAGACCUGA